UUUUAUUGAUUAGCACUUACAAUAUCUAGCAUUUGAUACCUAACGCAUCGUUAUCAAUCUUAUGACGGUCGAUGCAAAUAUUUUGAGACUCACUGAUAACAAUCAAUGGAAUUGUUGGAUAUUUAAGACUUACUGUCGCGUAGUCUUACAAGAAGAGUGUAACAACGUGUGUGUUAAAUUUAGUUGACCAAAGUUAAAAUGAUUGAUAAGAUUUGUUACGUGAUCUUUGCCUCAUUUGUUCUCGUUACAAUAACAACGGCGCAGAAUGCAACUAUUUGCGACGAAGAGGAGCCAGACGCGUUCAUACCGAAUGUGAGAGAUUGUAACGCUUGGUACAGAUGUGGACCGCAUGGUCCCGAGCCCGGAAACUGCCCUCCAGAGUUCAAUUUUAACCCAUUGACUCGCGGUUGUGAUUGGCCUGAAAAUGUUCAAUGCUUCCGAUGUCCUAGCAAUCAAACGAUUUCCACUCAUAUUAUGGAUAGAAGUUGCCGAUCGUUCAUCCGAUGCAUAGGCGGCGUUCCGUCGCAAUUAAUGUGUCAGCCAGGAUUGCAAUUUAACAACAUAACCGGACAGUGUGACUUGGAAUCGGUAGUACAGUGCUCAUUGAGAUUCAGAUGCCCAGAUAGGUUGCCAAUUGAUGGAAGUAUCAUUGCAAUUCGUGACCCUAACAACUGUUCAGUAUUUCACAUCUGCGUUGGUGAUCCUGACCCUGUUCGACAAGAAUGCAACAGAGAGCUUCACUUCGAUCCAAUUUCUGGCCUAUGUACGUUUCCAAACUUAACCGACUGCAAUGCGAAGCCAGUACUUCCGCCAGACGUUCCAGAAGACCCUAUAUUCAGGUGUCCAAGCGACGGCCCACAUCCACAUCCCUCAUCUUGUUCCAUAUAUUUCAUAUGCGCUAAUGGAUUUCCCCAUGAAUUCACGUGUGCGGACGGUUUGCACUUUAAUGCCGGUUCUGGAUUGUGUGACUUUCCACACGAAGCCAAUUGUGAUCGGGAGAAUCAUAGAUGGAGUAAAGGAUACUUUGAGAAGUUUCGAAGUGUUAUCGACUACGACGACCAAGUUAACUCCGGCUAGCAUUCCCUUACCAGGGAAACUUUGAAAAAUAAAUAAAUUUUUGUCGCUUUU